CCAUUUUUUGUGCAAUGGUGUAUUUUCUUUCUUGAUGUUAUAUAUCUAAUUUCUUGAUUUUUAAUGUUCUAUAAAUUCAUGCAUAUCUAUUUUAAUACUUGUAUUUAAUAUUAAGUACAUGUUAUGAUAGCUAUCACAUAUAACAAUUCUCGUCUCAGACAUAUGUGCUAACUCUAUAUUGUUAUACUCUUAAUGUUUUGCUUGAUUUCCAGGGUUGUCAUAAUUCUCUGUCAACUAAACUAGUUUUAGUUGUUUUUGAUUUUGAUUGUAGAUUCAAAAUCACAAAAUUAGAAAAAAGUAAAGCUUAUUUGGAUGCCGUAAUAGCAAAAGAGCCAUUAACCUCCCUGGAAAUUAUUUUUUAUUUUUCUAAAUGUUCCUUGCCUUUCAGCCAACUCUAUCUAAAGCUAACCCAGGACUUUCUGGUAAUGUAGAGUUAGAUAAGGCAUGUGGUGCCGGCGCUCAGACAAUUGGUACCAAUGAUAUACCAAAUGGUGCCAAUGCUAAACAAGUUGGUGCUAACGCCCAGACAAUAAGUACCAAUACCCAAUCAAGUGAAAGAAUUGAUAACAAUGCUUUUGAAUCAGCUUUUGAGACCUGCAAUAUCAUUGAUGUGACAGACAAUGCUAUUGAUGAUGGUUCUGAUAAGAUUAUUGCAUUCAAACAUAGAAGAGAUGAUGACAUUGAUGCAAAUGAGUGGGUGAGAUCUGAAGUAGAAAAAUCUGAGGUGAUAUCUGCCACUGCUGACACCUCAUCAAUUGUGAGCAGUCCUAUUGUUUCAAAAUUUUCCAAACAUGUUGCAUUCAGUGGGAAAAAGCAUGACACAAAUGAAGUUAAACCAUUUUCAGAAAACAUCCAGACAACAUCAGUUCCACUCAAAAUUAACAAACCCCGCGAGAAGGAUGAUACUGGUAUCACUAAGCAUCCAACAGGUUAUUCCUCUCAAAAAGUCAACAGCAGUACUCUAUCACAAAAACAAAGAUCUAAAUUGAAAAAGAAAACUGGGGUUCAUGCCAGGGAUAUGGCAGUUAUUGUUGAAGGAAAUGCAGAAAGUGUAAACCAAAUAGAUGAACUUCAGAACACUGCUGCACUACAUGAAAGUGACAGUGAUAAUCUAAAAGUUGCAGAUCAAAAUGUAAAACAUGAUGAAAGCCAAGUUGAAAAAAUUAAAGAACCUAGACAAACACUUGAAAUGCAAGAAAAUAUCCAGGAGACAACAUCUGAUCAAUUUAAAACCAACAACGAGAAACUUUCUAAUAACGAGGAUAUCAAAAAUGUUCCUAAUCCAACUGAAAAAACUUGGUACAAAAGACUAUGUAAUCCUUUGACUGCUGCAGCAACUGUUGCUAUAGUAUCUGUUGCUAUGUUUUACAUGUUCCCUGAAGAUACAGAUUUGUUAACAUGGUUACAAAGGAAAUGACAUGUGUGAACCAAGGAAUAUUGAAUAUGAAAGCUCACUGGCAAUCUGAGCCUUCAGAAUUAUUUUACUUAUAUUGUAUAUAUUACUUUACAACCUACAUUCAACCCUUCCCAGGAAACAACCUCUCUAUAUUUUGGACAAUACACAUGUAUUUCUGAUUCUGAAGACAGACUCGAUGAUGUUAUUGAUCCUUCGUGAUAAUGAAUUUGCUGCUGGCAAAUAUAUAUAGACUUUGGUGGUGGUAGACUAUAUUUAUUUAACAGUAAUAAGGAAAAUGUGAUAGCAGAAAAUAAAAUGGGAGAUAUUUAUUAGUGAAAAAUUAAACUGUUUCAAAUUUUAAGCCAUCCACAGAAUACCAAAUCUGAGGUUGAACUUCAUUGCUUUUGUUAUAAAUGAAUACUAUAAAUUCAGUGCAACGUAUGGUGUCAUUCAUGAAAAGGCGAAUUGUUUUGCAAUUUUUGCAAUCUUAGCCCCCAAUAAUCAUGAGAUGACAACAUUAACUAGGUACAGCUUGGCUUAUAGAAGCAAGACUGCAUAUGUGCAACUGUUCAUGACAUUAGCAUGAAACUGCGUAUGUUACUCCUGUGUGCAGUUCAUCCACAGUGCUUAUGAUAUUAUUCUUCAUUCAGUUCUACAAAUACACAUGUAUAUGAUGAGUUGAGCUUACUUCAGCCUUUUCUUAAAAUCCAUUUGAUUUGUUGUACUUCGAAAUUAUUAUUCCCUAAUAAUCUUAAUCAACUCUGUCCUAUUUUGGGUACCACAAGGGGUCAACUACAGGUUGUAUUCAAAUUUUUAUAUGCACUUGAGACUCAGACUCAGGUUUUUAAACAUUUUGGUAGUUUCAAUAUAAAUACUCUAUAGUUGACACCAUAUGAGUGACAAUACUAACAGAAGUUGGAUAAGAACCUACAUUAAAGGCAAUAAUUAUCAUGGUAAGUUAAAACAAUAAUUAGAAGAGGUUUUACAAUUAGUUUACAAAUGGUUCUGGUUGGUUUAGGUAUAGGCUAGAAAUAUGGAUAGUCCUUCUAUCGUCAAAUC